GGGCGCAUCGUGACCGUCUUUGUGACGUAAAUCACUUUUUUGAAGGGAAAAAAAAAAAUAUGCUUUUUUUUUUUUACUACACCCGCUUUUUUUUUUUUUUUAUAACCCUUGUUCAUCGACAACUUUUUUUUAUAUAUAAACAAUAUGGAUUUCUCUCGUUUCAACCAAGCUGAACAAGCUCAAAUUGGUGCCAUGAUUGAGCACAAGCAGAUGAAGGAUUUCAUGAGACUUUACAGUAACUUGGUUCAACGUUGUUUCGAUGAUUGUGCCAAUGAUUUCACCAGCAAGUCUUUGACCAGCAAGGAGGAGGGUUGCGUGAACAAGUGUGCCGACAAGUUCUUGAAGCACUCUGAAAGAGUGGGUUCUCGUUUCGCUGAACUCAGUCAAAACAUGGCUGCUCCUGGAAAUUAGAUUGGAGAAAAAGAUACUGAUAUGCGUUAUUUUAGAUAAUAAAAAGAAAAAGAAAAAAAAAACGUAAAGGGUAUAAGGAGAGAGAGAGAGAGAGAGAGAGAGAGAGAAAUGCAUAU